GAUCCAACAUGGCGGCGGUGCAGACCAGUCUCUCUGAAGUCAACAUCUAGUUUUAUUGUUUUAAUGUUUUAAUGUUUAUCCGGACUAAACGGUGCUAACGCGGGAACUUCUUACUGUUAACCAUCAAGAUGGGUGUUGAAUAACAGUCACAGCUCGAAGUGACGAAGACCAGAUCACGAGCUGAGGAAGAGAAGAAGAAGAAGAACAACCUGACUCAUCCUCAUCAUCACCCCGGUGAACAGCAGGCUAACAGCACCAACAACCCGGUAAACAACCCGGUGAACAGCUCUAACCUCAGCGGCGGCCAUGUCUCUGGGCGAGCCCACGUCGGACACGGCGCCGUUCUUCUCCGAUGACAGCGAGGCGGAGGGUUCGGAGGAGCGGGGCGGAGCGACGGCGGCUCAGCAGGAGGAGUCGGCCAGCGGGGUGUCGAAAGUGCGAGCGCUGCUGACCGUCUUCGUCCUCUGCUACAUCAACCUGCUCAACUACAUGGACCGCUUCACGGUGGCAGGUGUCCUCCCCGACAUCGAGCAGUAUUUUGGGAUUGAUGAUGGGAAGUCCGGUCUGCUCCAAACAGUUUUUAUCUGCAGCUACAUGUUCUUGGCUCCGGUCUUCGGCUACCUGGGCGACAGGUACAACAGGAAGUACAUCAUGAGUAUUGGCAUUACGUUCUGGUCUUUGGUGACUCUCGCCAGCUCCUACACCCCCAAAGAUCAUUUCUGGGCUCUGCUGUUGACUCGAGGUCUGGUCGGCGUCGGAGAGGCCAGUUACUCCACCAUCGCUCCCACCAUCAUCGCCGACCUCUACGUUCGGGGAAAGAGGACAAACAUGCUCUCCAUUUUUUAUUUUGCCAUCCCCGUGGGCAGUGGUCUCGGAUACAUCGUCGGGUCACAAGUCGGUAACAUAGCGCAUGACUGGCACUGGGCUCUGCGGGUGACUCCAGGGUUGGGCCUGAUCGCCGUGCUGCUGCUGCUGGUCGUGGUCAAGGAGCCUAAAAGAGGCGCCAUCGAAGCUCGACCGGAGCAUCACCUGCACCAGACCAGCUGGCUGGCGGACCUGCAGGCUCUGAGCAAGAACUACAGCUUCGUGUUGUCGACCUUCGGCUUCACGGCGGUGGCCUUCGUCACCGGCUCUCUGGCUCUCUGGGCUCCGACGUUCCUCUUCAGAGCGGCCGUCUUCGGCGGGGACAGACCUCCCUGUGUGGAGGGAAACUGCGCCUCCUCAGACAGUUUGAUUUUCGGCGCCAUCACCUGCGUCACAGGUGUGUUGGGCGUGGCCAGCGGCGUGCAGGUGAGUCGGAAGCUGAGGACGAGGACGCCCCGAGCCGACCCGCUGGUCUGCGCCACCGGUCUGCUCCUCUCGGCGCCUUUCCUCUACCUCGCCAUCGUCUUCGCCGAGGCCAGCACCAUCGCCACAUACGCGUUCAUCUUCCUCGGAAAUACCUUCCUGUCCAUGAACUGGGCCAUCGUAGCCGACAUGCUGCUGUACGUGGUCGUUCCCACUCGGCGCUCCACAGCUGAAGCUCUGCAGAUCGUCAUCAGUCAUCUCCUGGGAGACGCAGGAAGUCCGUACCUGAUAGGAGUGGUCUCAGACUCUCUGAGGAAGACGGACUCCUUCCUGUGGCAGUUCCGCUCUCUGCAGCUCUCUCUGCUGCUCUGCUCCUUCGUGGCCGUGAUAGGCGGAGGUUUCUUCCUCGCCACCGCCCUCUUCAUCGAAAAAGACCGCCAUCGCGCCGAGAACUACGUCCCGUCAGAAUCAGAUCCGGCGAGCCAGACCACGGACCAACCGGCGUCCAGCGAGGAGCUGCUGGCAGCUACGGGCGUCGUCGUGGGCGUGGCUUAGGUGCGUGUGUGACAACACGGAGAGGCGGCGGUUGGUUCUAAACAACAGUGGCAGCUCCUGAAGAGACGACGAGCCGAUCGUUGUACCGAAGAGCGGCCGGUCCACCCGAGUCCCGGUGUCCAGUGUUCUGAUCUGAUGAUGGAGGACCUGCUGAUGUUAUUCUAUUUAAUGUGUUUUAGGACUGAACACCGAUUGGACUAUCUGCCAUGCAGAAAAGUUUUUAUUUUUUAAUUUCUUGACCUUUUAUUAUGUUUUUUUUUAAAAAUAAUUUCACCGUGCGAGGGAACAUGCUGACGUCGUCUUUUGAGGGAACUUUCUUUUCUACGGAUGAUAUUUUUUGAGGAUCGUUGGGAUCGUUUUCAGAACUGACGUGACGUUCAUAGACUCUCUGAGGAGAAGCAACCGAAGCUGCUCUGUGGAGACAAACGACUCGAUCAUCUGUAAGCUGAUCAAUAUCUGUCUCACCUUCAGUGGGACUCUAAACCGGCUGGUCUGGGAUCAGACAGAGAUCAGUAGGAUUCAUGUAACAUAACCAAAACAAACCAGACUGCAUUGUGCUCCUUGAGUCAUUUUAUAUCCAGGAGAAGCUUUAUUAAUCAGAUCAUAACCAUGUAUUUUAAUUAUAACACUAAUAUUCUGACAGUCGUCCCAGGACAUAGUGAUCUUUUUAUGCAGUUUUUAAGUUUUAAAAUGUUUAAAGGGAGUGCUGUUCAAAGAGAAACGGGACGGUUCAUUAUUUUAACUUGUUGUUUCUGGCAGGUUUCAGGUUUUCUUUGCGUCCGGUCGGAGGAGCUCGGUCGGUCCGGUUGAGCUUCACCAAGUCGGUCGAGGACAGAAACCAGUUUGACAGUGUGUGUCAGCAGGUAGAGUGACACGCUGCAGAAACAUACUGUUACUUAAAAAAAAAAAAAAAAAAACUCUUUUAAAUGAAUGUUAUUAAUCCAAGUUAUUUGUUAACCGCAAAUUAUUUUAGCAAAUCUUUUUUGUGAACUAUUAAACGGGAAUUAACUUGUCA